ACGCCGAGACUGUUAUUCGAUGCAGGCUGGCCAGUCAUCCGGGCUUAGCCUGCUCACAGACCGUUCCUGCUGCUGUCCCGCUAGAACUAGUCCACUGACGGUCUCCUCGACUAUCGGAUAUCACUGGUACUGUAACUAGAAAGCACGAUUGUCGAGUUUUUCCACAACACUGUUAUGUGACCCGAAAGAUGGAGUUGAGUUUUACCAUCUAAUACUGAGACAGUCUCACUGAACAAGAAUGGAGAGAUGAAAGAUUAUGUAUUAAGAAACCUUCGUAGCAAAAGAAUCAGCGUCACGCGGAAUUUAUACCAGCUGUUAUCUUCGACACAUAUAUAUGGAUUACUACAUUAGGGGAUGAGCCAGAGGACGUCAUCUGCCCAAACUAUGCUAACAUGUAGGAUCGACGGUGUGAGCUAAAUCACAUGAUCAGCCAAGGACGUCAGUAUCGUUGUUCAAGUCUCCAGCCAGCGUUAUAGGAAGCCAUGAGACCAGCAGUCCAAGCCAGCGUUUUGCGGAACCGUGUAAAGAGGGUCCGACGAAUCACGCCGCAGGGUCCUCAUCGCUUUUCCCUGCGAAGGCUUUUGUUACUUACCGGAAUCGGUACCGUGAUUUUCAUAUCCGGUGUUGGCUUUUCAGUUGUUGGUUAUGAGAAAGGUCGCCCAGAUCCACAUUUAACGGCAGAACAAGCAGAAAUGUAUAGGGCCUUGGGUCCUAUUGGAUGUGUCGUGGGCACAGCCCUUCUCUUUGGGGCCUGUAUGUAUUAUUAUUGUUUUGGAACUGGGGAUGGCUAUGGACCAAGGGCUCCUCAAUCUCCGGCGACCUCCACCAGCUACCACCCAAUAUCCAGCAUCAGAAGUGCAGGAAGCGCCCAGCACAGACACCACGGAAACCAUUCACAGCACGGCCAUCACGGUGACCAUCCCCAUGGCUACACCACGGGGAACUAUGACGCUGGACAAGACGGCAUGACGCCGCUAACUAAUGAAUAUUUAUCGGAUCACGAUCAUCAUCAAAUCAUGAUGGCAGCUGGCUGCGCACCUCUCGCCUCUCACGAGACCGCGUCGAUUCGUGACACUCCGUCUGGCGUGCCGUCGGAAAUUUCUAUUGCUGUUGAAAACUCUCACCCAAAACACACAUCGACAUCAGCGCCUUCCUAUCAUGAUGUGACGUCAUCACCAAAGGUACACUGAACAGGACUGCCAACAGGCGGAAGUUACC